AUGGCUGCUUUAACGGAGUAUACCUGGAUUCCUUGGUGCUGUGCAGUUGUUGCAUUCUUCUGUGCCUUCGGAAUUGGAGCUAACGAUGUCGCUAAUGCAUUCGCUACUUCGGUUGGUUCGGGUGCACUCUCUCUAAAGGCGGCUAUUAUUAUUGCUGCAGUGAUGGAGUUUAGUGGAGCUUUUCUCCUUGGAGGAAAUGUGGCUACCACCAUCAUGAGGGGUAUUACAAAUCCUGAUUUGUUCGUUGACACUCCUGAAGUGUUGAUGUUGGGAAUGUUUGUAGUUGUUUUGUGUGUUGCUGCCUGGUUGAUUUUGGCUACCGUGUAUGGUCUGCCCGUGUCUACAACACACUCCUGCAUUGGAGGACUUGUCGGAAUGGCGGUGGUUGCGAAGGGAUGGAAGGCCGUGUACUGGGGCAAGGUGGGACAGGUUGCGCUCUCCUGGAUCAUCACCCCGGUCAUCUCCAGUCUUCUCUCCUCUUUUGUUUUUUGGCUGGUUCGCAAGUACGUCCUCCGCUCGAAGGAGCCGCUUCGUCGCGGGUUCCAAGUGUACCCGUCGAUCAUCGGUCUCACGAUCGGUAUCAACCUCUUCCUCGUUCUCUACACGAGCGAGUCUCUGGACAUCCCUCUGGCCUGGUACUACAUCCUGCUCAUCUGCGUGGCGGUGGCGGUGGUGAUCGGUCUCUUCGUGAACUUCGCGAUCCUCCCUCGCCAGAAGCGCGCCAUCGAGCGCGAGCAGAACCGCAAGGAGCUCGAGCUGCACGAGAAGGACAUCGUUGUGGACGUGGACGUGGUGAAGAAGACCGUGGAGGUGCCGGUGACCAUCGAGACGGUCCCCGAAGUCCCCAACGAGUCGCACGCCGCGGCGGAGUCGACGCCGGUCACCGCGCCGAGCGCGACCACGCCGGAGCCUGCAAAAGAAGCGGCGAGCGAGGCUGCGAGCGACGUGGAGAAGGAGCCUGUGAAGGAGGGAGCGAAGGAGCACGGGAAGGAAAGCAAGUUCGAGCACCUGAUGGAGAAGCAGAACAUCCACGCGGAGCUGGAGGACGAGAAGUCGAAGGUGUACCAGCUGCACAAGAACGCGGAGGUCUUCGACGAGCGCACGGAGAAGCUCUUCACCUACCUGCAGAUCAUCACGGCCAUCUUCAACUCCUUCGCGCACGGCGCGAACGACGUGGCGAACGCGAUCGGCCCCUUCGCGGCGUGCAUCUCCAUCUACGAGACCGGCGUCGCCUCGCCCAAAGCCACGCCCGAGACUUGGUGCCUCGUCCUCGGAGGAGCCGGCAUCGUCGUCGGACUGGCCUGUCUGGGAUACAAGGUCAUGGCCGCCAUUGGAGUCAAUAUGGUGAAGGUCACGCCGUCCAGAGGAUUCUCCAUCGAGAUCGCCUCAUCGCUGGUGGUGCUGUUUGGGUCUGCGCUGGGACUGCCGCUGUCGACCACGCAUUGUAAGGUGGGAUCCACGGUCGGAGUGGGACUCGUGGAAGGAAAGAGCGGAGUUAAUUGGUCGCUGUUGUAUGGAGUGUUCGCGGGAUGGAUCUUCACACUGUUUAUUUGUGCAGUGUCCACGGGGCUGAUUUACGCGUUUGCAUUGUUCUCUCCAAAGCUGUAGUUUUAUGAUAAAAAAUAAAUAGUAACGAUU